AUGGAACGUAUGGUGUGGAUUUUUGUGGUAUUUAGUAAAUUCAUCACGAUUGGAGCUCAGUUCAAUGGUUACAACUGCGAUUCCAACUUUCACAGUCGUUUUCCUGGUGAGAGAGAUAUCAGUGUCUACUGCGGAGUCCAAACCAUUACCUUGAAAAUCAACUUUUGCCCGGUGCUUUUCUCCGGCUACUCUGAAAUUGACCUGGCACUAAACGGGCGGCAUGGCGACACGCUCUGCCGUGGAUUCAUCAACAACAACACAUUCCCCACUGUGGUGAUAUUUAGUAUCAGCCUGGCUACAAUGGAGACCUGCGGCAACUCACUGGAGGUCUCAACAGGGCAUGGACCAAAUGCUUACGGGAACUUGUCUCUAGUACAGAUUGGAAAUAUCUCGGGCUACAUUGACACUCCAGAUCCAUCAAACAUCAUCAGCUAUCUCCCAGGUCUGCUGUACAAGUUCAGCUGCAGCUACCCCCUGGAGUACCUGGUCAACAACACUCAGCUGGCUUCGUCAGCUGCAGCUAUCACUGUGAAGGACAGUAAUGGUACUUUCAUCAGCACACUGAAUCUUCUACUCUACAAUGACUCGACCUACAUCCAGCAGCUGUCAAUUCCUGUGGCUGGACUCACCCUGAAGACACGAGUGUUUGCUGCUGUGAGAGCUGCCAAUCUGGAUAAACGAUGGAAUGUUCUAAUGGACUACUGCUACACGACACCAACUGGAAAUCCAAAUGAUGGCCUUCGCUACGACCUUUUCUUCAGCUGUGAAAAAGACCCACAGACCACAAUAUUUGAAAAUGGCAAAAGUCAAAUGGGCCGUUUUGCCUUCGAAGUGUUCCGCUUUGUAAAACACAAGAACCAGAAGAUGUCCACUGUUUUUCUGCACUGUGUCACGAAGCUGUGUCGAGCCGAUGACUGUGCAAUGUUGAUGCCCAUUUGUGGCAGGAGAAGAAGAGACACGGCAGAAACAUCAUCUGGAAACGCUGUUUUGACAGCCGGCCCCAUCAUCACACGCAGUGAUGAAACAGCAAUGAACAACUCUGAAAUUGAUCUAAAGGCGCCAGAGUUCAAGAUGAACACCGUUACAAGUGUACUGAUGUCAGGAGUGAUCGUCUUGACUGUGUUGAGCGUUUGCUUCUUCACAUUCUCCAUCAUGCUCCUGAGAAGAAAGAACUCUUCAGCUCAGAUGCUUUCUGGAUUUCGGAACACUGCAUUCAGCUAA